GCUCUGAGGUUUUCUGCAGUCAAGCCAAAAGAGCUUUCAGUAGCGGGUGCAGGUGUUGUGUGGGGAUGCAGCACAGGAAGAAAGCAUUUCUCUGAUGCCGAGUCUAAGCUUGGCCCAGCAGCAGUGAGCAAAGAAUCCAGAGACGCGGUCCUGACAUGCAGCAGAACCAGCAUUGUACUUAUCCCCAGGUCUUCUGGACAAACAGCAGUGGACUUUGUAGCUCUGACUAUGCUCUAUCAGGAUUGUCCCCCAAUGGGAUUGUGUCUCCUCAGGACAUUUGCCCCCCUUUGGCUGUACCAGUAAGGAAACGAUUUAGGCAGAACACUCGAGAUGGUGCGUGCCUUUGCUUCCUGAUGGUUUUCUUACUGACUUUCCUGGCCCUCACUGGAGUUGGGUUAGCCAUGUUUCAGAUCUUCCAUCUGCAGCAGGAACUAAAUGCACUGAAAGAGAUUUCCAGCUCGGGACCUGCUCUUCAAUCCCCUGAGAUGCUGAAAGGAUUUCUGAAUGGAACCACAGAAAAGAAAGUCAAGAGGAGAGCACACUUAACAGGCAAAGGAAACCAGCAGUCACUUCCACUGGAGUGGGAAAGUACCUACGGUCAUGCCUUCAUCUCCGGUGUCCACUAUAAAAACAGGUGUCUAGUGAUUGAGGAAGCUGGUCUUUACUUUGUCUACUCCAAAGUAUUCUUCCGAGGCCUGGCCUGUACCAACCAACCUCUGAACCAUUUUGUUUUUAAAAGGAAUCCAGCUUAUCCUGACAUCCAGGUGCUGAUGGAGGACAAAAAGAUGAACUACUGCAGUUCAGUGCAUAUGUGGGGUAAAAGUAGCUAUCUGGGUGCCUCGUUCAACCUGUCCAGGCAAGACAGCUUGUACGUGAGUGUCUCCGAUGUCACACUGGUAAAUUUUGAGGAGUCAAAAACCUUCUUUGGAUUAUUCAUGCUUUAGAAAAAGCAGCAGCCAUCAUACAGGCCCUGUGGGCACCCUGAGCUCCACAAGCAUUAUGUGGCUCAGCUGAGCUUGGACUGUUAUGGACUACAAAUGCUGCUCCUACAGUAGACAUCUGUAACUUCAUUCUUGAACCUGAGAUCGUCCAAACAUGCCUGAAAGUACUCUCAAGAGGUAUUUAAACAAACGGCAAUUGUUUAUCUGCCGGAUUGCAAUAGGACCACAACAUCUCUCACAACAUUGGACUCACUGUGUGGAGGAAUCCAAGAAACCUGAAGCUGUGGGCAAAGCAGGGAGGCACAAGAAGCCUUUUGGUUAUGCAGACAUAACAACCAAAUGUGAGCGCAUCUAUGGAGAAGCAUCCUUGGCUGUCCAGCAGCUGAGGUGUGAAGGGAGAGAAUGAGAUUCUGGUAGUUUCCUGUGAAGGGGCUCUCCAGCAAAUCUGUUUCUAUUCCACAGAAAGCUUGUUUGUGCUGUGUGGCCUUCAGCUUCCUGACAUGAUGUGUGACUCUCUUCCAGUUAUAGAAAGAUAAAUCAUUCGAUUUUGUUCUCAA